AUGAGCGGGCGCCGCGUCGUGUCCGGGCAGCCGGCGGCGGCGGAGGCGGACUUCGAGACGUCGGCGGAGGUGGCGGUGACGAAGUCGUUCGACCACAUGGGGCUGAAGGAGGACCUCCUGCGCGGGGUGUACAGCAUAGGCUUCAGCGCCCCGAGCGCGAUCCAGCAGCGCGCGAUCCUGCCGAUCAUCGAGGGCCGCGACGUGAUCGCGCAGGCGCAGUCCGGCACGGGGAAGACGUCGAUGAUCGCCAUCACGGCGUGCCAGAUGGUGGACACGCGCGUGCGGGACUGCCAGGCGCUGGUGCUGUCGCCGACGCGCGAGCUGGCGACGCAGACCGCGGAGAACACGCUGCUGGUCGGGGACUUCAUGAGCGUCCAGGCGCACGCGUGCAUCGGCGGGAAGAGCGUCGGCGGGGACCUGCGCGCCCUCGAGGCGGGCGUGCACGUGGUCUCGGGGACGCCCGGGCGCGUGUUCGACAUGAUCCAGCGCCGGGCGCUGCGCACGCGCAACAUCAAGGUGCUCGUGCUCGACGAGGCCGACGAGAUGCUCUCCAAGGGCUUCAAGGAGCAGAUCUACGACGUGUACCGGUACCUGCCGCCGGAGACGCAGGUGGUGCUGGUGAGCGCGACGCUGCCGCACGAGGUGCUGGAGAUGACGCACAAGUUCAUGACGGACCCCGUGAAGAUCCUCGUCAAGCGCGACGAGCUGACGCUAGAGGGCAUCAAGCAGUUCUUCGUCGCCGUCGAACGCGAGGAGUGGAAAUUCGACACGCUGUGCGACCUGUACGACACGCUGACCAUCACCCAGGCGGUGGUGUUCGUGAACACGCGCAACAAGGCCGACUGGCUGACGGACAAGCUGAUCGAGAACAACUUCACGGUGUCGAAGAUGCACGGGCAGCAGAAGCAGGAGGAGCGCGACGCGAUCAUGAAGGAGUUCCGCAGCGGGCAGUCGCGCGUGCUGGUGACGACGGACGUGUGGGCGCGCGGGCUGGACGUGUCGCAGGUGUCGCUCGUCAUCAACUACGACCUCCCGCUCAACCGCGAGAACUACAUCCACCGCAUCGGGCGCUCGGGGCGGUUUGGCCGCAAGGGCGUGGCCAUCAACUUCGUCAAGGAGGAGGACGUGCGCGUCCUGCGGGACAUCGAACAGUUCUACUCGACGCAGAUCGACGAAAUGCCCAUGAACCUCGGCGACAUGCUGUGA